AUGAACUCCAUCAACCUCUCAUUACUCCUGAUCUCUUUAUUGGUAGCAGUAGCACAAGGAUAUUACACAUACUAUUACUACUAUCCCUCCAACAACAAUAAUGCUGGAACAACAUACUACUACUAUCCCAGUAAUGGGAACAAUAACUACAAUACAAAUGGAUAUUAUUAUGAUAGUGGCUCGUCUAACUAUUACAACCCCUACGCCACCACCUAUUACUACACCCCGAGUGGAUGCAGCAAUUGU